AUGGGGAAGGAUUACUAUCAGACGCUGGGCCUGAGCCCCGGCGCGUCGGACGAGGAGAUCAAGCGCGCGUACCGCCGCCAGGCGCUGCGCUACCACCCCGACAAGAACAAGGAGCCGGGGGCCGAGGAGAAGUUCAAGGAGAUCGCCGAGGCCUACGACGUGCUCAGCGACCCGCGCAAGCGCGAGAUCUUCGACCGCUACGGCGAGGAGGGCCUCAAAGGUGGCGGCCCCAGCGGCGGUGGCGGUGGCACCAACGGGACCUCCUUCAGCUACACGUUCCACGGGGACCCGCACGCGAUGUUCGCGGAAUUCUUUGGCGGGAGAAACCCCUUCGACACCUUCUUCGGGCAGCGGAACGGCGAGGAGGGCAUGGACAUCGACGACCCGUUCUCCAGCUUCCCCAUGGGCAUGGGCGGCUUUCCCAGCAUGAACUUUGGCCGCUCUCGGUCCGCGCAGGAGCCCGCGCGCAAGAAACAGGACCCGCCUGUCACCCACGACCUGCGAGUCUCGCUGGAGGAGAUCUACAACGGCUGCACCAAGAAGAUGAAGAUCUCGCACAAGCGGCUCAACCCCGACGGCAAGAGCACGCGCAGCGAGGACAAGAUCCUGACCAUCGAGGUGAAGAAGGGGUGGAAAGAGGGGACCAAGAUCACCUUCCCCAAGGAGGGGGACCAGACCUCCAACAACAUCCCCGCAGACAUCGUCUUCGUGCUAAAGGACAAGCCGCACAGCAUCUUCAAGCGGGACGGCUCCGACGUGGUCUACCCCGCCCGGAUCAGCCUGCGGGAGGCCCUGUGUGGCUGCACAGUAAACGUCCCCACCCUGGACGGCAGGACCAUCCCCGUGGUGUUCAAAGACGUCAUCAGGCCCGGCAUGAGGCGGAAAGUCCCAGGCGAGGGCCUUCCCCUCCCAAAGACGCCCGAGAAGCGUGGGGACCUCAUCAUCGAGUUCGAAGUGACCUUUCCCGAGCGGCUCCCACAGACAUCUCGGACCGUCCUCGAGCAGGUUCUCCCGAUAUAGCGGUGGCGCGGGCUGCCGGGACCUGUGCGAAGCACCUCGGCGUGGGGGUCCGGGAGGGCGGCCGGCACCUGGGCUGGGCGGAGAAUAUAUUGCAAUCUUUCAAAGUUGUGCUUCAGUGGUUUUUCGAGCGACAGAGUGGUGAGUGCCGGGAACAGCAGGAACAGCAUCAGGUCUGCCCGCCCGGGCUGGGCCAUACACUCCAGUCACUGCCUCAAGACGAGGUCGCAUCUGAUCCCGUGUCUCCCCCCGGGAGAGCCCCAGCCGGCACCACAAGCAAUACCUCCUCAGGGCAGGACUGAAGGCGCCGGCCUGGGGGCCCCCGGUGGGGUCUGGGGUCUGCAGUGCAGCCCACUCCCACUGUCCCCACGGAGCUUGGCUGCUCCGGGAGGAAGGAGUUCCUCGGGGUCCCUGGGGCCCAGCAGCCGCCCCAGUCACGUUUUGCUGAACGGACUCUGGACUCUCAAAGGGAUCUGAUCCUUUUGGAUUUUGCACAGCCCUAGGUAUACUUACUCCCUUUUGAUAAAAGGGUUUUCGCUCCUGAUUACAGGAGCACCUCGGAUCAGCUGUAAAUACAGUUUUGUAAUUCCGUGUGCGGUCUCCAUGUACAGUCGGUCCAACGCCUCUUGUCCCGCCCUGCCCACGCCCAUGAGGGGACCUUGGGGCCAGGGAAGGCUGGGUGACACUCCCUGGAGGCCAGUCUAGUACAUUGUAUGACUCCUGCCAACCAGACCAAAUGUGUGACUUGUCACUGUGCAGCCUGCCAGCAUUAAAGACUGAUGCCAACCUC